GGUGUGAAGACCGGCAGCUUUCACGGAGUUAUAAAUACAAAGCAGUAUCCCAUACCAAGUACAGCUGCGGCCUGCCAAUAAUGCAACCCAUCAUCCUGUUCGAUAUACCAAGCAAGCUUCCCAAUAAGGAGUGGGCGCCCAACCCAUCAAAGACGAGAUUCUGUCUGGGUCAUAAAUGCCUUCCACAUGAAAUUAUCUGGGUGGAGUUCCCUGAUAUCGCCGCCACCAUGAAAGGCAUCGGCGCAUCUCCAACAGCUGGGGAAAGAUACACUUUGCCAGUCAUUAAAGACCCCAACACCGGUGCAGUGGUCUCCGACUCCCACGCAAUUGCCAAAUACCUCGACGAGACCUACCCUGACAAGCCGCUUAUACCCCGUGGGGCACACGUACUCAUAGAGACCUUCGAGUCCCUAUUUAUCAACACAGUCUUGAAUCCGGCCUUCAGGCUCCUCAUGGUCAGAACUCUCGAGAAUCUGAAUGACAGUAGCCGAGAGUACUUCAUCGACUCGCGGUUGAAGAUGUUUAGAGAAACACACUGGGAAGAUAUGGCUCCCGAGGAGAAGGCGCAGCAAAUGUGGGCUGCGCUCAAGAAGGGCCUUGGUGUGGUGGAUGGGUGGUAUCAAAAGAGCGGGGGGAGGUGGAUUAUGGGAGACACAUUCUCGUUCGCGGACAUCGUCGUGGUUUCUUGGAUGGCUUGGUGGAAUGCUAUUUUGAACGAACAGGAACGCCAGGAGAUCCAUGCCUUGCACGGAGGAAGAUGGGCACGUCUUUUGGCGGAUGUGAAUUCCGAGUGCAAUACAGAUUUAGGCUCCUUUGACGAACAUAGUCGUUCCUUCUUAUGAUUUUCAUGGACUUGCUAUGUAGCUAAAGAAGUAUCCGGGCCAGUCGUUGUUCCUGAUCAUAAGGAAGAACUUAGAACACCGACUAACACCGAUCGCAUGCAAAUGAAGACAAACUUAUUAUUACGC